UUUAAAGGUUGCCUCAAGACUGUCCAUUUUAAGGGGUGUCUCUGGACUGUCCAUCAUUUUAAAGGGUGCCUCAAGACGGUCCAUCAUUUUAGAGGGUGCCUCGGGACUGUCCAUCAUUUUAAAGGGUGCCUCUGCACUGUCCAUCAUUGUAAAGGGUGGCUCAAGACUGUCCAUCAUUUUAAAGGGUGCCUCAAGACUGGCCUGUCCAUCAUUUUAGAGGGUGCCUCAAAACUGUCCAUCAUUUUAGAGGGUGCCUCGGGACUGUCCAUCAUUUUAGAGGGUGCCUCGGGACUGUCCAUCAUUUUAAAGGGUGGCUCGGGACUGUCCAUCAUUUUAAAGGGUGCCUCAAGACUGUCCAUCAUUUUAAGGGUGCCUCGGGACUGUCCAUUAUUUUAGAGGGUGCCUCGGGACUGUCCAUCAUUUUAGAGGGUGCCUCGGGACUGUCCAUUUUUUAGAGGGUGCCUCGGGACUGUCCAUCAUUUUAGAGGGUGCCUCGGGACUGUCCAUCAUUUUAGAGGGUGCCUCGGGACUGUCCAUCAUUUUAGAGGGUGCCUCGGGACUGUCCAUCAUUUUAAAGGGGCCUCGGGACUGUCCAUCAUUUUAAAAGGUGCCUUAAGACUGUCCAUCAUUUUAAGGGUGCCUCGGGACUGUCCAUUAUUUUAGAGGGUGCUACGGGACUGUCCAUCAUUUUAGAGGGUGCCUCGGGACUGUCCAUCAUUUUAGAGGGUGCCUCGGGACUGUCCAUCAUUUUAGAGGUGCCUCGGGACUGUCCAUUAUUUUAAAGGGCGCCUCAGGACUGUCCAUCAUUUUAAAAGGUGCCUCAAGACUGUCCAUAUUUUAAAGGGCGCCUCGGGACUGUCCACCAUUUUAAAGGGCACCUCGGGACUGUCCAUCAUUUU